AUGGCGUACAAUCUUACGAGACAAGAUUCACCUAAUCGUUCCAAUCCUCCGCUAUACGACAGCAGGUCGCCUUCACCAGGACGUAUAUUGCCCGCAUAUACUGAUCAAGGAAACUAUGGCCUAGCUCCUCCUUCCCAGCAGCAUCUGCAGAUGCCCAUGGCCUCGUCCGAUCGACUCGCUGCGCAACCUACCUAUUCAGUCGAGAACAUGCAUAACACCUAUGGACAUAACGAGCAGUAUGAUGCUCGUCAGAGACCGUUAAACAACUACUCCAGCGGCGACUAUGCGAUUGACCCUGAGGAACACCACGAUUCUUACUUUAACCAGCCAUAUUCCCCUCAUCCUCAAGAUGACUAUGCCCUAGGUCCAUAUGGACAGCAUCCAGAUAGAUAUACUCCUGGUGACGAUCAUAGGCCCAUACUGCAAAAUCCUGAAGACCCCUACGGCCCCGACCCAUAUCAAGAUGAGCAAGACCCAGAACCAGAACCUACUCCGCCUCCACAGGCCGGUGUGAGGAGGUGGAAGACGGUUAAGGAAGUUCAAUUGUUCAACGGUAAUUUGGUGCUCGACUGCCCUAUACCUCCGAAACUAUUAAGCCAAGUGCCGCAUGCACAGCCUCCAGAGAGAGAUGAGUUCACACACAUGCGUUAUUCUGCUGCAACCUGCGAUCCGAAAGAUUUCUACAAUGAACGCUUCACCUUGCGACAGCGCUUGUUUGCGAAACCAAGACAGACAGAACUCUUCAUCGUCAUCACUAUGUACAACGAAGACGACUUUCUCUUCGCUCGCACUUUGAUCGGUGUCUUCAAGAACAUCGAGUACAUGUGCAAUCGCACAACUAGUAAAACCUGGGGCAAGGACGCUUGGAAGAAGAUUGUGGUCUGUGUUGUGAGCGAUGGCCGUGCUAAAAUCAACGAGAGGACGAAAGCCGUUCUUGCAGGUUUAGGUGUAUAUCAGGACGGCAUUGCAAAACAGCAGGUCAAUGGUAAAGAUGUUACUGCUCAUAUCUACGAAUACACAACCCAGGUCGGUCUGGAACUCAAAGGCACCACAGUCCACCUAAAACCACGAUCACAGCCUGUUCAGAUGUUGUUCUGCUUGAAGGAGAAAAAUCAAAAGAAAAUCAACUCUCAUCGUUGGUUCUUCCAGGCCUUUGGUCGUGUCCUAGACCCUAAUGUAUGCGUCUUGAUCGACGCUGGGACAAAACCUGGUAGGGACUCUAUCUACCAGCUUUGGAAAGCUUUCGACCUCGAACCAAUGUGUGGUGGUGCUUGUGGUGAGAUCAAGGUCAUGUUGGACAAAGGCAAGAAUCUUCUCAAUCCGCUGGUCGCUACCCAAAACUUCGAGUACAAAAUGUCCAACAUCCUCGACAAGCCUCUGGAAUCCGCUUUCGGCUUUAUCUCUGUCCUGCCUGGCGCUUUCUCAGCAUAUCGAUAUGUGGCACUCCAAAACGACAAGAAUGGCGAGGGUCCCUUAGAGAAGUAUUUCAAAGGUGAGACUCUCCACGGUGGCGACGCCGGUGUCUUCACUGCCAAUAUGUACUUGGCGGAGGACAGAAUUUUGUGUUUCGAACUGGUCAGCAAACGCAAUUGCCGAUGGAUUCUACAAUACGUCAAGUCUGCAACCGGCGAGACGGAUGUACCCGAUGGUAUAGCUGAGUUCAUUCUUCAGAGACGAAGAUGGCUGAACGGUUCCUUCUUCGCUGCUGUAUAUGCUAUUGUUCACUUCUUCCAACUAUGGCGCUCAGAUCACAGCGCUAUCCGGAAGUUUAUGCUCCUGAUUGAGAAUAUCUAUCAGACUAUCAACAUGCUUUUCGCUUGGUUCGCAAUCGGCAACUUCUUCCUGGUAUUCAAGUUGCUCACUUCGUCUCUCGGCACUAAAGAGACUCUUGGUACAGCAGGAAGGAUCCUCGGCACUGUCUUUGAAAUCGUGUACAUUGGUACUCUUCUCUACUGCUUCAUUCUGGCAAUGGGCAACCGGCCUCAAGGAUCUAGGAAGUCUUACCUCGCCAUGGUCAUUUUCUGGUCUCUCCUAAUGGUGUGGCUCACUUUCGCGGCAGUUUACCUUACUGUGGUAUCUAUCCAGCAACAAGUCGCAGAACCGGGCUUCAAUUUCACCACUGUUUUUACGGACUACCAAUUCUUUACCAUUGUCGUCUCACUUGCCAGUACAUAUGUGCUAUGGUUCGUUGCGUCGAUCCUUUUCCUGGACCCAUGGCAUAUGUUUACCUGCUUUAUACAAUACAUUGUCCUCACGCCUACUUACAUAAACGUUCUCAACAUUUACGCUUUCUGCAAUACACACGACAUCACUUGGGGCACAAAGGGAGACGACAAGCCAGAGAAACUACCCUCUGCAAAUGUCAAGCCUGACGGCAAAGUCGACGUUACCAUCCCUCAAGAUGACGGCGACUUGAACGCACAAUACGAAGCUGAGUUGGUCAAAUUUGUCUCCAAGCCACCAAAGGAAAAGCGCAUACCUAGCAAGGCAGAGAAGCAGGAGGACUACUACAAGAGUUUCAGAAGUACCGUUGUUACUGCUUGGAUGAUUACCAACUUUAUCUUGGCUGCAGCCGUUCUUAAUGUGGGCGGCUUUCAGAACCUGGAUCCUGGGAACACCGGCGAUCACAACGGUCAAAUUUACAUGGGUGUAGUAUUGUGGUCUGUGGCAGGCUUGUCUGCUUUCCGAUUUGUUGGCGCUAUUUGGUUCUUGGUCGUGCGCAUAUUCCGUGGUGUAUAA